ACUGUCUCCUCACCAUCUCACCCAGUCAAUCCCCUCACGCCCAAACUCUGAGAGUACGGGAUACACACGUUUUUCCCGUCUAUGUUCGUCGUCGGCGUCGUCAUCAUCGAGGAGCUCUCGGCACAGUACAUGACACCAGCAGCCGCAUGACUAUGCUGUGUUUGCACCAUUAGCCUCGUGUGUUUGCAUAUGCUGUUGAGGUCAAGCCCCCGCAGCUCCCGCCAGGACGGCGAUUUUCUAUCUGCAUGCUCCCAGGAGAAAAUAUUGAAUUCCACGUCCUUUUCUGCUGCUCAUCCGCCUUUGCAAUCGGCUUCAGCAGCAAUGGCGCACAUGAUGCCACGAUUCGCAACUCUCAGCACGCUCUCUCUCCUUGUAUUUUCCUCGAUAUGGGGCCAGCUGACGCGAGAGGGCCUAGUCGCGCUAAACUCGUAUGCCGGUCAGAGCAUCCACCCCGUCAUUUGGGCACAAGGCGUCGGAUGCUUCGUCAUGGGAUGGGCAAUCGCGAACAAAAAGUGUAUUGAGGAUGUAUAUCCGCAGAUAUACGUCGCCAUUACCACGGGCUACUGCGGUAGCGUCACAACGUUCUCUACCUGGGCUUUACAAGUCUUUCUUGCCUUUUCAAACCACGCCCGAUACCCACGGUCAAGGACCUAUAGUGUGAGCGUAGCUGGCGGCGCAACUCUCCUACGCUCUACUUCAAAGUCAGGCUGAGCCAUCGGUCCUUUUGUACAGGUCAUGGAUGCCCUUACGCAGACAGCGGCGACGCUCGGUACGGCUCUCAUCGCGCUGCAGGCCGGCC